AUGGGCACACCGAAUGUGGAGCCCGGAACCAAGGAUGCAACAUGGAUCAACUUUAAUUUGAUGACACACCAGUAUGUGACCCAACCAAAAGCGCAGAAACCGACACACAAGAGGAAGAAAACCAACACCCUCACAGCUGUCCAGCCAAAUGGCACCCCAAACAUUGAAUUUACAGGCAACAGUGAUGGACACCCGAACAAACUUGACAAAAUUGCAUGGCUUAUAACUGAGCUGAAAGGAAUAAUUGCACAACAAGGCCAGGCAGUGGAGACUCUCAAAACAUGCUGUGAAGAGUUAAAUGCAGACCAGAAAGAGUUAAUCAGGCAAAACUCGAGCCUUAAAGAUGAGAUAACUGCUCUGAGAACCCAGGUGACACAUAGACCAGAUCAACGAUCUUGGGCAUCAAUUGCCUCCAAUAGCAGAAUGAAUGGCGAAUCCUCAACCCCUCCACCGGCCCCAACGCCCGCGUCUACAAAAGCUGACAGGAAAGACCCCCCGCUCUGCGUCUGUAUCAGUGUGGCACAGGCUUCCGACCCAAUGGAAUAUGGAGGGUCCCUCACAAGAUAUCUCCCUGUGGAAGAGGUCAAAGCAAGGGUCACAGACGCCCUACAAAAGAAUACACCAACCAAAGAAGUCAAGAUCAUCAGGGUAGGAAUCACAAAAACAGGGUACAUCAUCCGCUUCCGGGAUGAAGCCUCCAAAGACACUGCCAGUGUGAACAAGGGGUGGCUCUGGAACCUGGGAAACCAAACAAAGCUGGUCAGACCCAGAUUUGGUGUGGUAGUACACCGAACGCCCACACAUGAAGUCAACACCAAGGACAAACCAAAAAGCAUGAAGAGAAUAAUUGUGGCGGACGUAAAGCUUGCGAAAACAGAAUUUUCUGCCACCCCCUGA